UAGAGAGACACGUCUAAAUUUGAUGAUAAAAAAUGAUAAAAUUGUAUCACCUAUUUAAACCUCAUCAUCGAGUUAUACCUAUGUAUACGUGAAUUUUGUUAUUUAGGUAUAUAGUGGUAGUUAUAUAUAACUAUAAACAAAACAGUGGUAGUUCCCCAACAACUUUUGAUACAAAUACGAACCUCUGCUGAACGGUGCCGUUAUUUGAGUAAAUUAACCAUGAAGCGGAGCUGGAUCAUUGUGAUAUGUUAUGUGGUUCUUGGUGCCGCAUCAUGUGCUCCAACAAAUUUUACAAGAAAUGUAGUGUGUUAUUACGCAGGCAGUUUUGGAAUUAAAGUAGCGCCACCUGAAUCAAUAGACACAAACUUAUGCACCCACCUAAAUUAUGCAUUUGUAAAAAUAAAUGAAAAUGGAACCUUGAUCCACAAUAAAUAUGUAGAUAUUAAGAAAGAAAUGUAUAAACGGGUGAUAUCGCUUAAAAAAUUAAAUCCUAAACUGAAAAUUCUUAUAAGUAUUGGAGAUACACCUGCUGCAGUAUUUUCUGAAGUAGCUGCGGAUACGGAUAAAAGACAAAGCUUAAUACAAAACACCAUCGACUUUCUUCAGUUACAUGGUUUCGAUGGAGUAGAUAUUGACUGGGAAAAGCCUUACAGUAAGGAUGAGGAAAAUUUCAUUUACCUUUUGAAAGAAUUUAAGAAGGCAUUGGAAACAAAAAACUACAUGCUAAGUGUUGCAGUAUAUCCUUAUCCUGAUACAGGUUACAUUGUACCAAAAAUAACAGAUAAUGUUCAUAUGAUUAAUAUAAUGUGUUACAACUUUUACGGCCCUUGGAGUAUUUACACUGGUCAUAAUGCAGCUCUCUUUGCUUCGCCAGUUGAAAGUUCUUAUGAAAAAAAUCAUCUUAAUACAGCCAUGUGUCUUCAAAACUGGUUAAAAGCUGGAGCCACUAAGGAAAAAGUUAACGUCGGAAUACCUUUCUAUGGACGAACCUUUACUCUUGCGGAUCCCAAUGAUCAUGGUUUUCAUGCUCCUAUUACGGGUUCUGGCAAACCAUCAACGGCAACUUACAGGCAGAUCUGUUCAAACUUUGGGAACUAUACAAGUGUAUGGGAUGAUACACAAAAAGUAUACUACAAGUAUUAUGAAGAUCAAUGGUUGACCUAUGAAGAAGAAAGAUCAAUUAAAGAAAAGGCUAAGUAUAUUCGUUCACAAAAUGUAGCUGGCGCUAUGAUUUGGCAAAUAGGCCAAGACGAUAUAAACGGGGUGUGUGGCCCGAAGCAAGGAUUACUUCAAGUUGUUAACAAAUAUUUACACGAAGAUAAUAUUGAAAUUAAUUUAGAUUAAAAUAAUUAUAGUUUAAUAGUAUCAUAAAUCAUAGACUGCCUCUCAUGACAGUAUUCUAAUUUAUUCUAAUUUAAAAAAUAAACUUUCAAGUUAGUAUUUCUUAUAAUUUUAUACAUUUGAAAUAUAUAUGUUAAACUAAAUAUUAUUGUUUAUUUAUGAUAACGUUUA